AUAGACUAUAGAGUUCCCUGCUGUCUACUGUGGUCAUGCUGUGAUAUGUCAUUUUUCAUGACAUAUUAUAAACAAUAACAAUUUUGAUUAAGGACUAUUUUCUUUUCAAAACUUUUUCGAGAUUUAUACUAUUUCAGGAAUUUUGUCUUGAAAUGUCGGCGGCAAUGAUAACCCUUGAUUGGUUUUUAUUGGGGAGAGAUUUAUAUUACAGAAAAUUCGAGGUAUAUUCCAUGGCUUGGCAACAAAAUGUAAAUUUAGAAAAUUUCAUAAUAUCCUCUGCUUCUUAUGGAGGGCCUAUAGCAAUGAGAAGAGAUGAAGGCAAAUUUGUGAAAGUUCAGGGAACUGGGCAGCCUAUUGUGUCCAUAUUUACUGGAUCUGGAAAACAAAUUGCUUCAUUUAAGUUUUCUUUCUCAGUUAAAUGGUAAGAUGAGGAGCUAAUUUGUAUCCAGGAAGAUGGCACUGUAGUAACACAUAAUAUGUUUGGAAAAUAUCUUCAUCUUUUUGGUAUAAGUCAAAAAGUACAGGACCUCAAGGUUAUAGAUGCUGUAAUAUUCACCAGUCCGCAAAAUUUUACAGGAAUAGCUGUCAUGACUUCCAAUUACAAAAUAUUUAUUGUUAAUAAUAUAAAGGAACCAAAAACUAGACAGUUGUCGGAUUUACCAAGGUCUAGUAAUCCUCCCACCAGUUGGGUAGUUGUUUCUGAAGAAGUCACAGAAGUCCUGAUUGCUAGAGGAAUGGAACUUUAUAGAUUGAAACAAGAUGAACAUCAUACCAGUGCUAUGCUGGAACCUGAUAUAUCCCACAGUUGUACUGCAAUAUUGAAAAUGGCAGUUUCCUUAAAUGCUCGUCACUUAGCAUUUUUCACAGAUUCUGGUUACUUGUGGUUGGGCUCAACAGAUUUGAGAAGUAAAUAUUGUGAAAUUGACACAGAUACCAUACAUAGACCUAAACAACUAAUCUGGUGUGGAAAUGAAGCAGUAGUCUUGUAUUUCGAAAAUGACCACACCCUUCUAGUAGUUGGUAAAUAUGGCCAGAAAAUGUCAUACUCCUAUGAUGGCCCUAUUUCCUUAAUACCAGAAAUAGAUGGCGUUAGGAUAAUAUCCAACACACUCGUUAGUCAGUCUCAGUUAGAAGAAGAGACAGUGGCCAGAGAAAUUGCAGAGAAACUAGGUUAUACUUCAGGCAUUUCUUAUAGUGAGAUAGCUAACACUGCGGCUGAGAAUGGUAGGAAAAAACUGGCAAUCAAGGUAAUUCCAUUUAAAAUUCAUUCAAUACCUUUGACCUAUAUCCUUUAAAGAAAUUUUGAAGAU